AUGUUUGAAGAACAAAAUAGAACUUCAAAGGAUAUCAACAUCAACGAUAAUACUUUUAAUAACAGAAAAGAAACAACUUCAGAUAUUAAAUACUCUUAAAAAAGUUUCGUUCAUCCUUAAUAAAUCUAUGUAGAUUUUCAAAUUUUUAUUAUAAGUAAGUUUAACAAUGUAAUCAUUCUGUUUAGCCUAUAUUUAUAUAAGUAAUAAAAAGAGAAGAAAUUGAAAUUCCUUUUGUAAAUGAAAUUGAUAUGCUUAAAAAUAAAAUUAACAAAGUUUAACAAGAAAAUGAUAAAUUAUAUGAAAAAAUUCAUUAACUGACAGAAUAAUUAUAAGAAAGAUAAAAUUUUAUAGAUACUUAUAAAUAAAAAUUUAUUGACCUAUAAAAUUCAAAAGAAAUAUUAAUUUCAGAACUUGAAAAAUUAAAUUAAUAAAAAUACCCUAUUAAUAACUUCACUUAACCAACUCAAACUAAAUUUAUGUUCUAGUAAAUUUAACCAGCUGAUAAGACUAAUAAUAAUAUAUUUAUGGAAAUUGAAAUUGAUAAACUUAGAAUUGCUUUGAGUAAUAAAGAGGAAGAGAUUAAAAGACUCUAAGAAAAAUAUUAAUUGUUAGAAAAUUAGGGUUUAGCAAUGUUAGAGGAGAAAAUAAAAACUUUAAUAAAUGAAAAAGAAUUUUGGAAAUAAAAAUUUGAAGAAACGUAAAAAGUUCGCUAAUAUAGCAAUUUUAAAUUUGGUUGA